UGUUGCUGUUGCAAGCAAAAGCGUAGCUGUUUGUUUGGUGUGAGCUUGGCUCCUGCUGCUGCUGCUGCUGCUGGGGAGCGCAGCUAUCAAUCUUUUCUGGCCCCCCUCUGGAUCGCAGCAGCAGCAGCAAGGCUUAAGCAAAAGAAUAAGGAUCCCAAACUUGGUGGUUUGUAAAGGCUCCAGAAAGAGAAUCUGAAGGAGUUGCUGCUGCUGUUCCUCCUCCUCCUGCAGCUUGUAGGUUCAGACAUCUUAGAAAAAGAGGAGAGGUUUCCGGGCACCCAGAGCAAAAGACACCCGGGCUCGCUGUCUUCCUCUCUCUUUUUGGAUUUACAAAACCCGCCAGGCAGAUGGGAAAGGAGCAAAACCCGAGGCGCCUUUUGUUGCUCCUGCCGGGAUUGAGCUAAGGGAUAUCUAUUUUAUCUGUAUCUACCGGAUUUGCUUCUCGCCUCGCUGCAAUUUUUUGUGUGCAACAUCUGAAGACCCUUUUCAGCUUCCACUUCGCAGAUCUUUCUGAAACUGGAACAAGAAGAGAGAGAGAGAGAGAUUUGAAAACAGCACAACGAGCGCACACACAAAAAGGGAUUAACAGUUUUAAAAAACUGCAGCGAUGGAGGGCAAAGCAGCUGGCUUUGCAAGAAGCCUGAUCUCUGCCUUCAUAUCUCUCUCCCCCUGGUCCAAGGCUUCUGAUACCUGCCUCCUCCAUGACACACGGAAUGUUGCAGCAUGAAUCGGCCAGCAUGCACGUAAUGAGGAGGGACGCAAAGAUUCCUUAGUGCUUCGCAUCACAGAUUCUGGGGAUACACACACGCAUACGCACACAAGGGAAGGCGAGACCCCCUCUGGGCUUCUUCCACAAUGUCUGGAUCUACCCAACCUGUGGCGCAGACGUGGCGAGCCACUGAACCCCGUUAUCCUCCUCAUGCCAUGUCCUAUCCAGUAGCAAUAAGUCAACAGCACGUGGAUGUGGGGCUCUUGGAGUUUCAGCACCAUUCCAGGGACUACCCUUCCCACCUCCCUCCUGGGUCUAUCUUGCAGCCGCAGCGGAGGAGACCAUCCUUACUUUCGGAGUUCCAGCCAGGGAAUGAAAGGUCGCAGGAGUUGCACACCCGAGCCGAGUCACAUUCCUACCUCUCUGACUUGAGCAAACAGUCAGAAAUCGAGUUCAUUGAGACGAAACGGCCCCGGCUGGAGUUGCUGCAAGAGCCGCUGCUGAGACACUCACCUUUGCUCAGUCAGAAUCAGCAGGGAGGGACAGAGGAUCUCUCCAAGGAUCGGGGCAUAACCGGAAAACUGGAACCGGUUUCUCCAGCCAGCCCUGCUCAUCCUGACUCUGAACUGGAUCUGUUACCAUCCAGGCUUUCCAAGGAGGAGCUGAUCCAGAACAUGGACCGUGUCGAUCGCGAAAUUACCAUGGUUGAGCAGCAGAUUUCCAAGCUGAAAAAGAAACAGCAACAGCUGGAGGAGGAGGCAGCAAAGCCACUGGAGCCAGAAAAGCCCAUCUCCCCUCCGCCCAUUGAGUCCAAGCAUCGCAGCCUGGUCCAAAUAAUCUAUGAUGAGAAUCGGAAAAAAGCAGAAGCGGCUCAUAGAAUAUUGGAAGGGUUGGGACCUCAGGUGGAGUUGCCCCUCUACAACCAGCCUUCAGACACAAGGCAAUACCAUGAGAACAUUAAAAUAAACCAGGCAAUGCGAAAGAAGCUGAUCUUAUACUUCAAGAGGAGAAAUCAUGCCCGUAAGCAGUGGGAACAGAAAUUUUGCCAGCGCUAUGACCAGCUGAUGGAAGCCUGGGAGAAGAAAGUGGAGCGCAUAGAAAACAAUCCUCGGCGCCGAGCCAAGGAGAGUAAAGUGCGUGAAUAUUAUGAGAAGCAGUUCCCAGAGAUCCGGAAACAGAGGGAACUCCAAGAGCGCAUGCAGAGCAGGGUAGGACAGAGGGGCAGUGGCCUCUCUAUGUCUGCGGCACGCAGCGAACACGAGGUGUCAGAAAUUAUUGAUGGGCUGUCGGAACAAGAGAAUCUGGAGAAGCAGAUGCGACAACUUGCUGUCAUCCCUCCCAUGCUGUAUGACGCUGAACAGCAGCGCAUCAAGUUCAUUAACAUGAAUGGCCUCAUGGAUGACCCCAUGAAGAUCUACAAGGAUCGGCAGGUGAUGAACAUGUGGAGUGAACAAGAGAAAGAGACCUUCCGAGAAAAGUUCAUGCAGCAUCCAAAGAAUUUUGGGCUCAUCGCUUCCUUUCUAGACCGAAAAACGGUGGCUGACUGUGUCCUCUACUAUUACUUGACCAAGAAGAAUGAAAACUAUAAGAAUCUGGUGAGGAGGAAUUAUCGGAGACGCGGAAAGAACCAGCAGCAGCAGCAGCAGCAGCAGCAGCAGAUGCCUCGUAGCAGCCAAGACGAGAAAGAUGAAAAAGAAAAGGAGAAAGAUAUGGAAAAAGAAGAAGAAAAGCCAGAAGUUGAAAAUGACAAAGAGGAACUGACAAAGGAGAAGAACGAGGAUACAUCCGGCGAGGACAAUGAUGAGAAAGAAGCCUUUGCUUCCAAAGGGCGCAAAACUGCUAACAGCCAGGGCCGGCGCAAAGGCCGCAUCACCCGCUCAAUGGCCAGUGAAGCUAGCAACGAGGAAGUGGCUACUCCCCAGCAGAAUGCUGAACUGGCCUCUCUGGAGAUGAAUGAAAGUUCUCGCUGGACAGAGGAGGAAAUGGAAACAGCUAAAAAAGGUCUCCUUGAACAUGGACGCAACUGGUCAGCCAUUGCAAGGAUGGUGGGAUCCAAGAGUGUCUCGCAGUGUAAAAAUUUCUACUUCAACUACAAGAAAAGGCAGAACCUGGAUGAGAUUCUACAGCAGCACAAACUGAAAAUGGAGAAAGAAAGGAAUGCAAGGAGAAAGAAGAAAAAAGCCCCUGCCGUCCAAAACGAGGAAACCACCUUCCCUCCAGCAGUCGAAGAUGAGGAGAUGGGGCAAGACGGGUCGGGCACCAGUGGCAACGAGGAAGAGAUGGCUGAGGAGGCAGAAGCUGCAGUAAAUAACAGCUCGGAUACAGAGAGCCUCCCUUCUCCAACACCAGAAGCCAAAGAGAGCACAGAAAAUGGGCCCAAACCAGCCCCUGAGGCCAGCACCGAAGCUGGAGUAGAACCAGCUGUCAAGAUGGAGGAAGCCCCUCGUUCCCCAGAAGCAAAUCCUGCUGCCCCUGCCGUCCCCCAGUCACCUGAAGAGGCAGCCCCCGACCUGGCUUGCAGUGAAGAGAAGCCACAGGAGGAGCAAACACUUGAUGUGGUGAAAACAGAGGAGACGGAGGACAAGCCCAAGAGCCCAGAGCCCAGCAGAAGCAGCAUCAAAAUGGAGGAGGGGGAGGACUGUCAGGACAAGGGCAGUGACCAGAAAACUGAAAACAACAGCAGCAGCUUGGCAACAGGGACUGAGGGAGCACCCAAGGCUGAGAAGAAGGAGAACCACAAAGCUGGGAAGGGUACACAUCCUGACAGCGACUCCAGUGCCACAUGUAGUGCCGAUGAGAUGGAUGAACAGGAAGGUGGUGACAAACACAAGCUGGUCUCUCCUCGGCCCAGCCUUCUUAAUGCCACUAACGAUGCCCGGCUGAACUCCUCGCCUCAGAAGCCAUUGGACUUGAAACAGCUGAAGCAAAGAGCUGCUGCCAUCCCGCCCAUUAUUUCAGAAGGCUUGCUGGAGGGAGCAUUGCAGAGUGGAAGCACGAAGCCUCAGGUGCCUCAUCACGCUUUGGCCCUUUACCAGCAGCAAAUCACCAUAGCCCACGAGUCUGCCUGGGAAGACUCGGCACAGAGCAAGCAGCUGCAGCAACAGCCAGCUGGAAAGGAGCCCCCAUUGAGCAGCAGUCCCAAGGCCCAGGGCAGGAGCCCUGCUCUUGCUGAGAAAGAAGAGAAGCCAGUGCAUUUCACCCCCCUUCCGGAGGGACCCAGGCUGGGCGGAGAGCCUGCCAUCACUUCCUGCUGGCCUCCGGUGCUUCCCUACCAAGGGUCGUCGAGGGACAUGAUCCGAACCUCUCCCCAUACUGAACCUCACGUGUUUCAGUAUAAUCCCCCAGGUUACCCAAUCUCCUUAAAUGUUCAUGAAAAUUCUCGCCCUGGCUUCCAGAGAUUGUCAGCCAUCUCCAAUCCUCCCCCUCUCAUCUCCACCAAGCAUCCCUCCGUCCUUGAACGGCCCCUUGGCUCUAUUUCCCAGGUAAAGGCACAGAUGCUGGGGGUGCCUAUCCAGCUUCACACUCCAUUCAGCUCUGAGCAUGCAAAAGUCCCCAUUGGCUCCAUUGGCGUGGGCCUGCCUCUGACUGUGGAUCCCAAGAAGUUGGUGCCGUUCCCUGGAGUGAAGCAGGAGCAGCUCUCUCCUCGGAGCCAGGCUGGACAGCCAGAAGGCUUGGUUGUGCAGACAUCGCAGGAGAGCUCUGGCCUCCGGGGGACGUCCUUGGGCUCAUUGUCGGGAGGCAGCAUCACAAAAGGCAUCCCAAGCACAAGGCCCCCAUCAGAAUCUCCGAUCACAUAUCGAGGAUCCAUCACUCACGGCACCCCAGCUGAAGUGCUGUACAAAGGAACCAUUACCAGGAUAAUCGGAGAAGAUAGCCCCAGCAGAGCAGAGAAAGUGAGAGACGAUGCUUUGCCCAAGGGACACGUCAUUUACGAGGGGAAGAAGGGACAUGUCCUGACCUACGAUGGUAGUGUUGUUGCACAGUGCCCCAAAGAGAACAGCAGAAACUCUGGAGCCCCACAUGAGGCCACUGCCACCAAACGGACCUACGACAUGAUGGAAGGGAGAGUCCCACGGGGCUUAUCUGGCCGUGAGAUUUCAUCUGCUAGCAUAGAAGGACUAAUGGGCCGAGCCAUCCCACCUGACAGGCACAGUCCCCUCAACUUAAAAGAGCCACAUCACAUCCGGGGCUCUAUCACACAAGGAAUACCUCGAUCCUACGUGGAGGUCCCCGAGGACUGCCUCAGAAGAGAAGCCAAACAGCUCAAGAGGGAAAGCACGCCACCAAGGGACUUGUCCGAAGCCUACAAGGUCAGGCCUCACGAGGGCCUAACCCCACUGAAAAUGAAAGCAGUUCAUGAAGGCCUUGUUGCUACUGUGAAGGAAGCAGGAAGAUCAAUCCAUGAAAUUCCCAGGGAGGAGCUGAGACACACGCCGGACAUCUCUCUGAUGACGAGGCCUGUGAAGGAGGGCUCUAUUACCCAGGGUACCCCGCUGAAAUAUGACAGCAACACUUUGGCAAGUGCCAAAAAGCAUGAUGUCCGUUCCAUUAUUGGAAGCCCGGGGAGGACUUUUCAUCCUCUGGAUGUCAUGCAGGACCCGAGGACUCUAGAAAGGGUUUAUGAGGAGAGUUUGAAAAGCAGGCCCAGCCCGGUGACAAACUCUGGUGGCUCAAUCACAAGAGGAGCCCCUGUGAUUGUGCCUGAGCCAGGGAAGCCUCGCCACAGCCCUCUCGCCUAUGAGGACCACCAGACAGCCCACGGGACAGCUUUCAGCAGCCACUUACACAGAGGGUCCCCAGUGUCCACAAGGGAGCCAACACCCAGGCAGCAUGAAGGGAGCAUCACUGCUGGAAAGCCAGUCUCACAGGACAGAAAGAUCACCCCGACACCUAGAGAAAUGGCCAGCUCCAAGUCACCCCACACUACCCUUGCAGAUCACCAUCACCCUAUCUCUCCAUAUGAGCAGCUACUUCGGGGAGUGAGUGGUGUGGACCUGUACAGGGGACACAUUCCAUUGGCCUUUGACCCUGCAGCUAUUCCCAGGGGAAUCCCUCUGGAAGCAGCAGCUGCUUAUUACCUACCAAGGCACCUUGCUGCUAGCCCGGCAUACCCCCAUCUCUACCCACCAUACCUAAUCCGUGGCUACCCAGACACUGCUGCCAUGGAGAACAGGCAGACCAUCAUCAACGACUACAUCACCUCCCAGCAGAUGCACCACAAUGCUGCGGCUGCUACAGCAAUGGCCCAGAGAGCAGACCUGCUCCGUGGCCUAUCUCCACGAGAGCCCUCACUGGCCCUCAACUAUGCAGCAGCAGGAAUAAUCGACUUGUCUCAAGUGCCACAUUUGCCUGUGCUUGUGCCUCCCACCCCGGGGUCUUCCGCCGCCUCCAUGGACCGGAUCACAUACAUCCACAGUGCUCCACAGGCUUUCAGCAACCGACACAGCAGCUCCCCACUCUCCCCAGGAGGCCCCACACACUUAACCAAGCAGACAGGACCUUCAGUUUCUGAACGGGAGCAAGAACGAGACCGGGAACGUGAAAAGGAGCGCAAGAAGUCAGUCUUAGCAGCCACAACCACAGUGGAGCAUGCUCCCAUCUGGAGACCAGGCACAGACCAAAGCAGCGGCCGUUCAUCAGCGCACACUCACAAUCACAAACACUCCCCUGUCUCACCCCGCACCCAGGAGAAUGUCCAGCAGCGCCCCAGCGUGUUGCACAAUACAAACAUGAAGAUGAUUUCCUCAGAAAGCCUUGCCCCCUCAGUUCUGCGAUCAUCCUCCUCUACCACCACCACAUCAUCAGUUCGCUCUUCAAGCUUCUCCUCGACAUCAGGACUGCGCAGCUCCAUAGGUGGCUUGGACAGCUGCACAUCUGUGAUGGAUGCUGCCCACAUACAGAGGGAGGACUCCAGGGUUCAAGAUGUCAAAACAGAACGGCCUCAGGCUGACAGCAACCAAUUCUCCUCAAAGCUGUCCAUUGGGUCAGGCCUAGAACAAUCGCCUUCGCCCAUUAAAGCCGUGGAUCCCAGGCCGUUGUGCUCCUCCGGGCCAGGUUCAACCCACCUGUAUAGCAGAGGACAGGGAAAAAGCCACCCUCAGCAUCUCACACCACUGGACCAGUCGCUGCAUGCAGUUUCAGCCAGUGAGCAGCCCAGUAGAGAAAAGAGUAAAACCUUUUCAGUACAGGAACAGGAGCUCCGAGCACUCGGUAAGACCACCAUGACAGCGGCCAGCUUCAUAGAUGUGAUUAUCAUGCGUCAAAUUUCUUGCGAUAAGGGGAAGCGAGAGAGAAGCUCGCUAAAUAACGACGCCAAUAGCGAUGGUUUCCAUGGAAGCUACAGCCCUGAUGGCAUAGAAGCAAUAAGCCCUGUGAACUCACCCAACACGCUCCAUGAGAAAGGGACAAAGCUGUCCCAGGAUUCUGAGAAAGGAUGCGGGGGAGAGCAUGACCUGCGGUCAAAGCAGCCAGGCACCCUCAAGCCUUCUGCAGCAGAAAUCUCACAUAUACAGCAACUCCACCCAUUUCCUGAAGACCGGCAGUCUCCAGGCCAGCCAUUCCAAGGAUCGCAGAAUGCCAAAGGCCAUCAGCGAGUUGUCACAUUGGCUCAGCAUAUCAGUGAGGUUAUCACCCAAGACUACACACGCCACCAUCCCCAGCAGCUCAACUCCCAUAUCCAGACCCCUAUGUACCCCUUCACAGGGUCUGUGCUGGAUCUUCGGCGGACUUCUAGCGAGGCUUAUAUCCAGCAACAGCAGCAAAUGGAGCACAUCCCCACGUCAAGAAUCUCCCCAGAAAGCGAAGAAAGCAAAAGGUCUCCUGAGCAAAUCAAAGCACCUGCUUCCAUCAAUUACAUAGAACCCAUUUCUCCACCAGAUGCGAUGGGAGAACCUGAUCAUGUGCAAAACGCCACAUAUCCCAUCUUGUAUCGUGAAGGGGAACAGCUGGAGCAGAGGAUGGGCUCCAAAUCUCCAGGAAACAAUGUACAGCCACCGGCCUUCUUCAGCAAACUGACAGAGAGCAAUUCAGCCAUGGUGAAGAAGAAGAAGCAAGAGAUCAUCAAGAAGCUCAACACAAACUACAGGAGCGAGGCAGAGUACAAUGUCGGGCAACCCGGAACGGAGAUUUUCAACAUGCCAGCCAUUACUGGAGCAGGGUUAAUCAGUUGUAGGAGCCAGUCGGUCCAAGAAAAUUCCAGUACCAACAUGGGGUUGGAGGCAAUUAUUAGGAAGGCCCUAAUGGGUAAAUAUGAUGAGCAGUGGGACGAGCGCUCUCCUCUCAGUGCCAAUGCUUUUAACCCUCUGAAUGCCAGUGCAAGCUUGCCCGCUGCUAUGCCUGUAACCACUGCUGAUGGACGGAUUGACGACAUGCACUCCUCCUCCUCCUCCUUGCCAGGAGGAGGAAAGCCAAAGAUUGCUGCCAGAGCCAACAGUCGUAAGCCCAAGUCUCCAGGACCGGGCCUGUCCUCCACAGAGAGGCCACCGUCUGUGUCAUCUGUUCACUCAGAGGGAGAUUGUAACAGGAGGACACCUCUCACCAACCGUGUCUGGGAGGACAGGCCAUCAUCUGCAGGUUCAACGCCAUUUCCAUACAACCCGCUAACCAUGAGGCUUCCGACAGGUCUAGUGACUGGCCCACCACCACCUGCGUCCAUUCCACAGGGCAACGCCAACAGCCAGCAUCACGGGUGGGAGGAGGAGCCCAAGCCGCUGCUUGUCUCACAGUAUGAGACCCUGUCAGACAGCGAAUGAAAAGGGAGUGGAAGCAAGACGGCAGAAAAGCCCAACAACAACGAACAGAUCGAUCGGGUGGCUGUUGGGUUAGCCAGGGGCUUGGGGACUCUGGCUGGCUGCUGCAGGCCAUGGCUGGCCGAGGCCAGGCACAGGAGCAGCACUUGUUCCAGGCAGCUGAUAUUAUUGGUCACAUCUGGAAGGGGGGAGUCGAAAAAUCUCUUCAGUUUAAAGCCUUAAAAAAAAUCCAAGCAAAUGGAACCCAUCCCAGUCCUCCCUCCCAGUCUGGUGCUGAUAACUUGAGCCAUUGUGGCAAGAAAUUAAACCAAGUCAGUGUGGGAGAGGGCAAGUGGGGAGCCCUGAAUGUUUCCCCCAAGGACUGUAGUCACCGAAUCUGUUACUAACACUCAGGGGAUUCCAGUUCAGCCCAGAUAGGAGAGGGGGAGGGAGGGAAGAAGCUCCUUAGGAAGAGAGAGCAUAGAUGGCUUGCAGAGCCCAAGUGUGUGCUUUCGUGUGUGCUCCCACCUCUGUCACACAUCCUUCCUGUGCACACAGUUGUGGCCUGUUAAUCCAGUACUUGAAAAUAGGAUUCAUUCAACUACUUGUUCCUUUUACCUCCUGUUUUUAUGUCUUCAUGAGGGGCUGCACCAAUGGAAGUGCAUGUCGGUCAUGUAAGGAAACAAAAUAAGAGCAGCCCUCCAGGGAAAGGUUUUGGCUUCUUCUGUUGUUCUUCACAGUUAAUUAAGGUGGCUUUCUUCCUUACAUGCAUCCAUAGAAAUAUAUGGAGGGGGGUUUGCCCAGUUGAAUUUUCAACAAAUGAAGAGUCAGGCAGCCAUUCUCUGAUACAGCUGGCCAGUAGGGUCAGAGGACGAACCAAAAAAGAAAAAAAUUCCUUUGGGGAAAGAAAUGCUGGGUUGAGUUGUAAUUGGAAAAGAAUUCCUCUAUACGUGGAGUGGGGGUUACGGACGGAGAAGCAGCUGUUUUGAGUACAUUUCUUAAAAACAGUGCUGUGUAUAUGGUCUACAGGGUAUAUUUUUGAUACCUUUGGCAAAUGAUGCCAGAUGUGUUUGCGCAAGGAAGGACUUUAAAACAGUAUUAGAUGCUGCUUUUUCAGUCUCUGCUUCUGUACAAAGAGGAUUUCUAUGUUACGUUGCAAGCUUUUGAUGGGUUUGUCCAUUGUAUGGAAAUGUCAAGAGGUAAAUGUUCCAACAAAAUGGUUCUGUAACUCAGUAGAAUGUAUUAACUUAGUUUUUUUUAAAAAAAGAAAAAAGUAUAUAUAUAUAUAAUAUAUAUAUAAAAAUAUAUAGUCACAACUGCAGGGCCCUUAUUUGUGUACAGUUAACGCUCCCGCAUGGAGAUGAUAUGAUGAACACUUUUCAAGUGAACUUUGUCUCUUUUGGGAGAAGCUAAGACACUCGCAGGAAGUUUAAAUAUUUUUUGUGACCCACAAUGUUCUGUUUUUCUAUUUGUGGGUGUUUGCUUUUCCCCAAAAAUCCAUAAAUUCUUUCCUUCCUUUUUUCACACUAAAAUAUAGAAGGGCGGCUAUAAAAUAGUGUUAAAUGUUUUUCAUUCUGUGCGCUAGAGGGAAAAGAUCCAGGGAGCAGCUUCUCUGAAAGAACAGACAAGUGCCAUGUUGCCAGAGUUUUCGUAUUGUGGGAGUUUGUUUCUACAGUGUGGUUUGCUUUUUUGGUUUUCUUCUCACCCACUUCCUCCCACACAUCAUGUAAUUUGAUAAUGGAACAGUUGCAUGUUUCAGUACUUAAAACACACAAAAAGGUGAGAGUUCUGUACAAGAACAUCUACUGAGAGAAUCCAUCUCAUCUCAUUUCCAUCAUGAUAUUGUAGACCUCUGCUCCUAAAACACUAGUCACAAUGGAGCUACACUUCUUGUAUAUUGUCACUUUCCCACCUCCAUAUUUGUGCCCUGCAAGACCUUGCUGGCUGUUAAGACUACAAAACCCCAAAGCCCUAGCCUAGGUGUCUGGCACUGAUCUACCAAUACACAAGCUGUGAAGAAAGUGGCGUGGAAGUUAACCAGGUUAAAAGACAGGGCAGGGGAGGAGUUCCACAGCAAUGCAUGGAUACACCUUUCUAAGUGCUGUUUCCUCUUUUCAAAGGAAAGUACCAUGGCAAGCUCAGCUCAAAGUGCCUGUGGCUUGCAGGGGAUUAGGCCAGCACACCAACUCUUCCAAAAGACCCCCUUGUGAACAUGCCAAAUAAUUCAGCUCUAUACACCCUCGAAAUGCAGGGUCAGGAGAGAAUUGAGGCCCACACCAGAAAGCAAACAGAAACUGCCCUGAGUGUGCACAUUUUAUCAUUUUACCCUUAGCUGUGUCCAGAAUGGACCCACUGACCAAUCUGCCCACCUUCCUUCUAGGGGUCCACCUGAGGAUACUGAAUGUUCUAACUGGACAGGAAAUAUGGUCCCUCAGAAUCGUGUGCGUACUCUGCACCUGCACACUUUUCUUCAUACUGCACUCCACUCUGUAGACAAGAAAAAAACUUGCUCCCUUGCCUACAUUGCUUCUAUGUGUAUUGAAAACUUCAUAACGCUGAAUCAAGUCACAGUUGUGUUAAGUGAAGAAACAACCAUCAAACUUCCACUAGAACUUUGUGCACGCAUGCUGCUUUGGAUUGCUUCUUCCUACUCACAUUGUUUUUUACAUAUACCACUUUUGAGUAUUUUUAGCAGAAAAAUGAUUAAUGAGUUUUAUACCGAAAUAUAAUUAGCCACAUGUGCCUAAGAACAUUCUUGCAAGACAUGCUUCUUCUGUCUUAGCAAGAGACAAGACCUGAGAUUUUGCCAUUUUGGGUUGGUUAAUGCCACUUAAUCACAGCUCUGCCGCAAGAGCUGCAAUUCAUAGUAAUGAAACCUUUAAACCUUUUCCAGUAACAUCCCCGCCACUCCACUCUGGCAAGGAGAGGAAUUCUCCUCAUCUGCAUGAUUGCCCAAGAUGAAUCCAAAAUAACUUAAGAGGAGAAAGUUAGCUGGGAUUUCAUCCAGUGUCAACAAUAGCCUGUUAACAGAGAUGGAGUUCCACCAGUGACUGUUCUGCACUGUAAUUAACUGUCAAUCUUAGCCCCAGAAAAACAUCUCUCCUGCUGUCUAAUCAAUAAUUCACUCUUAUCCAAUCAUCCUCAUUCGCAGUCAAAUAAUCAUGGGAAAAUAGAGCAUGCUUCCCCGACAAGCCCAGUAACAGACAAAAUAGCAGCAGUUAUUUUGUCUAUUAAUGUUUCAAAUGGAUGCUGGCAAUGCUGAGGUCAUUUCACCAAGUUAUCUGCGCAACUUCCCUCUCCUUCAUCGCUGCUGCUUCCAACCCCUGCUUUUCAGAUCUAUUCAAAGCUAUUGAAUGUAGGGGUGGCCUUGUACUUAAAUGUUUUUACCUAUGCAAAGAUAAUCUCUGUGGAGUUGAUGUACAGGGAGAAUACUUCUUUUGCCACAAGCAUACAAAUCAAGAAGCCGGUGCAUGUGAUGGCUUCCUGAGUUGUGCCUUCGUGACCAAAUAAUACUCGUGCUACAUUUUAUACAUCAUAGUAUUCACACUUUCCCCUACACUCAGAUUAUCUCCAUGUAGGAAAGACAUUGUAUAAGGCAGGGCCAAGGUCCUGUGUAUCUUAAGCAGUAGCUGCCUGAGCUCCCCCCACCACCACCAAAAAAAAAUUCACUGGUCCAAAUUCCUCUGCUUUUAAAAAAGUGACAUAUACAGACUUUGUUUUUGUAGACUUUCCACCCAUAAAAUUAUAAUCUUAUCCAUAACAGAACCAUUUGCACAGAUAGAUAGGAUUUGCUCACAGUUGAGAAGGUUGUUUUACUGUUGUAAGACUGUGUUGAAAUUUGUCACCUAGUCUUUCCUUGACCGACACAAUCACAAUUUUGGAACACAAUGCAACAUCAUCCCUGCUUGUAAAUUGAGGUUGUGUGUACAUUCCACUAAGGGAUUUAGGAAUAGCCCCUCCUCCCUUUCAAAAGGGUAUUCCCACAUUACCAGACGUUGUACAUUCUCCGUACAUGUGCGUGUGUAUAUAUUUAUAUAUGUACUCUUGGGUUCUGUGUAUACAUAUUAUUCCAUUUGCGUGUGCAUGUAUAAAAGAUACAUACACACAUACUUUCUUUGUGCCUGAAUCAGUGGCCUGGCACAUAACCAUGUGCGUACUUGCACUCACAAGCCAGAUCUCGGCAAAACCUAACUCACUACAGUUCCAACCAAAUGCAGACAAGCGUUGUCCCCAUUGACUGUUAGCUCUACAUAAGGUGAGCGCCAAGCACUGUGUGUUAGCUUCAAAGGAAAGCCAUCCUUCAUACACAACUGUCUGCGUAAUCAGUGUUGGUUUUAGUGACAUAUAGAUCUUUAUUGUGCUAUCUGCUUUUUUAUUAAUUGUGCAAUCAAGAAAAAAGGAAGUUAUGUUAAACUAUUAAAGUUUGAAGUGUUACCAACUUUGUAAUUUGUAUAAAUACAUAAAAAAGAUUAAAAAGGACAGUUUUAUUGUUUGAACUGUACAAGGGGGAGGGGUGGGAAAAGAAAUCUCUAUCUUUUGUACAACCAAAUUGUGCAUAAAUGUUUCAAAGCAAGUUGUAUGAUAGAAUGGACUGUAUAUAGAAACUGCUGAGUUGUAAAUAUUUAUGCAGCUAAAGGGUUGGGGUUUUCUUUUCUUCUACUGAAAGUGAAGUUUUUGUUCACUGUUGUUAUUUUGGUCUUUUGCUCUACAUGCCCACUAAGCAAGCAUUGUGGGUUUGCAGUGUCAGAGCACUGCCUUACUGUUUAAAUAAAAAAAAGAGAGAGGGGAAAAGCUUAUUGCCAGCAAAA